GCCCAGCCUUCUUCUUCCCUCCUCCUCUUCUCCCUCUCUUCUUGGCCCCAGGAUCUCACACCCACUUUGCCAAGCAGGACCACACCCGCCUCCCCUCCCAGCCUCGGGCAGCCUCUCUCCACGGGACGGUGUCUCUCGGAGCUGAGCAUCUCUGUCGGUGUGUCCUGCAGGCUCUUGCCUUGAAAAUAUUUCAACAAUGCCGGUAACCCGCUCAAAGUCGUCGUUCAAUACUAGCGCCCUGACUUCUCAACUGGGUAUCAUCCGCCUGUUGGAAGCUAUUUUCACAUGCGUUACCUUCAGCUUGGUGGUCCACCGCAGUGCCUGGUAUGGCCGUAAUGGCGACUGGUGCAUGUUCUCAUGGUGCAUUUGCUUCGCCAUCACCAUCGUCAUCUUGGUGGUGGAAGUUGUUGGCCUUCAGCACCGCAUGCCAGUCUCCUGGAAAAACUUCCCCAUCACGUUUGCCAUGUAUGCCACCUUGGUGUGCCUCUCUGCUUCCAUCAUCUACCCAGUAACCUUCAUCCAGAACCAAAGCCUUCCCCGUGAAGAGCGAGGAUACCGCAUUGCUGCCACAGUGUUCUCUUGCCUCGCCUUCUUGGCUUACUCUACUGAGGUUACCUUAACGAAAGCCAAACCAGGAGAAGUCACUGGCUACAUGGCCACUGUCCCCGGCCUACUCAAGGUGGUGGAGACCUUCAUUGCUUGUAUUAUCUUUGUCUUCAUCAGUGAUCCAGUUUCCUACGAUCGCCCGGAGGCUCUUCAGUGGUGCAUGGCUGUCUACUGCAUUUGUUUCAUCCUCUCGUUGGUGGUCAUCAUUCUCUGUGUUGGCGAAUGCACCGGCUGGCUGCCCUGUCCGUUCAACAAGUUCCUGAGUGGCUACACUCUUCUGGCUGUGCUCAUGUAUGCGACAGCCACCAUCAUCUGGCCCAUCUACAAGUUUGACCGGAAGCAUGGGGGAACCCCCUCCCGGCCAUAUGGCUAUAGAACAUUCGGCCCCUGGGACAAGUUUGUUGCCAUCGCUGUCCUGACGGCUGUCAAUCUGCUGGUUUAUCUUGUUGACUUGGUGUAUUCUGCACGGCUGAUCUUCAUCCAAGAAUAGAUGGCUGGUGGCAUCAAGAGUCAGGGCAGCGAAGGUCAAGGGGGAGGAAAGAAGAAAACUUGUGGAGGAGAAUAGCGAAGGAUGGGGAAGGAAGUUGUAUCCUGUUUGCUGCUUUCUCCAUCUCUUUCUCUUCCUUGCUAUGAUCCUUCAUGCUCUUUGUUCUGCCAUUCCCCCUUCUCUGUUUGUACAUUCCUUUCCCCCUCAACAUCCCUUUUUCAUACCCCAUCUCAUGCUUUUAGCUUGUUGUGCACUUAGUAUUCUCUCCUCCAUCAUACAGCAGAGGUUUGCAUGAGGGCUCUUUCCUUGUACGUAUGUGUUGCCCUCUACUGUUUUUGGAUUCACCUGUGCCUUCUUGUGGCGUAAGUAUCAGAGAGCUUCAUAAUUUGGGAUAUGUUGCAGGUAGGGGAACAGAAACACAUGGUUCAAAUUGACCAUGCUCCUGGGACUGCUAUUCUUGAAUGAAGGGGAGCCUCACAAUAUUUCACUUCCUACGACUGUGCACCUUUGGACAUUUCCCAAAUUCUAUUUACACAUACGUUGCUAAGUUCAUAGACGUUAUUUCCCUUCCAUUGUAUAUAUGUUGCUUCAGUAUUCCCAUUUUUCUAUCACUUUUUGCCCUUUGUGAUAAUUCUGUGCUGAGGCCACUGGGUUCUUGAGUGUUUGUUAGUCACUUGGAGAACAUGGCUAGAACGCUUAUUCAUAAGUGUGUAACUAGCACCCAUUACCACAAAUCAUCAUCUUUCCAAUGGAUCCUAAAUUGUGCUCAGAGGUCAUAAGAGAGAGCCAGAUCCCUAUUCUUCUAAGAAAAGUUUAGAGACCUCCCCUUUAAUGAAGAGUUUUGCCUGGAAGCCGAACCUUAAAAGCAAUGAGAAGAUCUUCUCACUUUGCAGAAGGACAGUGUUUAUUUGAUGGUAUUAUUGAAUGUAUUGUUAGCCCUUAAUGAAUUGUAGAGCUCUACCUUUCAUGCAAAUACAAUGAGGUCAUUUUCUCCUGGGAAAAUACCAUUGGAAUUAACAGAACAUAAAAAGUCAUGCCUGCUUAAAUAGAGAUCAAAAUCAACUCAUUCACAUUUCAACAAUCAACUAGCUGAAAAAGGAAGCGGCAUAAUUCCCAAAGUGGGUAACAUGGCCAUUGUAGUCUUGAAGGGCGAGUUCGCUCUUCUGUAGUUUCCAUUUAAGGGUAGCUUCCAAUUAGAUUUAGAUAAUAAACAGGGCUUAGUUGAAAGAAAGAAAAACACCCUGAAAUUAUUAUUGGAUUUAGCCAAUAAAGCAAUCAUUGCCAUGUUGGGAAAAAAAGCAUGGAAGCAGCACCUUCUGCAGUUAUUGACCAAAGGAAUAAAACAUUUUGGCAUAUGUAAAAUGCCUGAUGGCCGUGCCUCAUACCAAAAAACAGUAUUGUUUAUGGACAGCCAAUCUUGCCUUUUGUUUUUUAUACUUCAAAAAAAAAAAAAAAAUAAAGGUGCCUGCCAUGAAUGUCUUUGAGACACCAGCUUUAAUUUUGUCUUGGUGGAGGAAAAUAGCACAAUUGAAAUGCUUGUGUUCAGUGAAGUGUUACAUGUGUAAGUUUGGCCUUAUUUGGGUGCUGGUUCAGGAAUUGAGGCUAGUCUUGGCACUCUCCAGAUGUUUUUGGUUACAGUUCCCAUGAGCCCACAUGGCUGUGAUCUUAUGGGAGUUGUAGUCCAGCAGUUAUGGAGGACACCUGGCUAGGAAAGGCUAAUGUAGACAGUGUUUGUUCUUUGCAUUGUGGCCAUAACAACAAUGACGCUUUCUUCUUAUCAGUUCAGCACUAGGCUUUUAGUGUUAUGUUAUUUUAAGAAAUGAAUGUAUCAUGCUGCUUCUCUGCCUUUGCCCUUUUUAUAUACUUCUGCGUGUUUUGUAGCUUAGGUAGAAAUAUAUGCCUUGCUCUGCACUUAUUGUUAACUCCAUUUUGCUUUAAUUGAGGUGCUGUUGUUUGUGACUUUCUUUUUUAAAAAAUAUAUGCAAAGAUAUAAAUAUGCGUGUACAAAAAUAAAGAAGCAAUGUUACAAUAAA